AUGGAUUAUAUCAAAGAGCUCGACAUUCGACUCGACAAGGAGCACUACUACGCCGGCGAAGUGCUCUCCGGGCGGGUAAUAAUGCACACUACGGAAAAUUUCAAACUCAAGUCCAUCCGGUUGCUGCUGCGGGGCAAAGCGCACGUCGAGUGGAAGGUGUUCGUGUCCGGAGACAAAAGAACGGUGAAGGACGACCAGGUCUACAUCGACGAGCGGGCCGUCAUCUGGGGCGAACGGGCCGGCGAGGGGCUGGACGUCACGGUGCCGGUGUUGGUGCGCGGCCAGCAUCAGUUUCCGUUCCGCUUCAACAUCCCCGAAACCAACCUGCCCUGUAGCUUCGAGUCACGUGCCUGUUACAUCCGUUACUUCGUUAAGGCGACGAUUGAUAUUCCGUAUGCCUCGCCGCCGCAAGGAAUCAAGUACUUCACCAUCGUCGGACCUCACAUAGAUUGCAUGGACGAGCAAUAUCUGAAACCGGUUUCGGGCCAGGACAAGAAGGUCAAGUGUUGCCUGUGCUGCGCGAAAGGCCCGGUCACGCUGAGCUGUUCGCUCGACCGGACGGCGUUCUGCUGCGGCGAGACGCUGAAGCUGAAAUCAAUUAUCGACAAUCAGGGCGAGGAGCCGGUCAAGCUGAAGGUGCGGCUGCUCCAGUACUGCGAGUUCUUCGUCGAGCGCGGCGUCCUCGGCGUCACCAAGGAGGUCCAACACCUGGUGCUGGAGUACAAGGGCGAGACGGUGGUGCCGAACGAGCGACAGGACACGUGCGCGAACCUGCGUAUCCCCACCGUGCCGACCACCAUGAUGGGCGUCUGCCGGCUGGCGCAGAUCUACUACACACUCGUGGCCUGCCUGGAGUUUGACAAAUCGGGCGAUGAUUUGCAAAUUAACUUCCCCAUCACGAUCGGCACGGUGCCAUUCCGGAUACCGAACAGCAAUCUGCAGCCGCACAUAGGUUACGAUGUUGCCAUCGAUCACGUCGAGGGAGGCACCUACAUUGGGCCGGAGUUCCUGCUCGGCGAGGUGUACGACGGGUGCAACGUGAGCGACAACGAGCACCGCGACCUGGCACCGCUCUACCGGCCCGUCUAUCUGACGGUCGUCCGCAGCUCGCAGCAGGUGUCGGCCAAGGCGGUCGAGCGCAACAACCGGCGUCAGUCGGCUUCCGCGGUGCUGGGCAGUCACUCGGACGGUGGGGCGCACGCCAGCGGAAGUGCGAACGGGGGCGGCACGGGGGAUCAGCUCCAGCGAUACCGGAAGUAG